UUUAGCCAUAUUAUUAUUUCUGUUCAUAUGUAUUCACACUAUAGUGUGUGAAGUGGAACAAAAUAGCACGUCGGAAAAACGAAUUAAAAUUAAAAAAAGUGAAAAUGCUGUCGAAGAACCAGUCACAGAAAUACCAAGUACAAAAAAGGUGAAAAUGACUCAAAAGACAAAAAUUAAAACAACUAAAGCUCCAUCAACUGAACGUAAAGUAGAAGAGCAAAUAAAGAAACUUCCAGGUGAAAACAAUGAGUCGCCAAUUCGAAAACUUUCUUUAGCUGUUCCUGAAAUAUCAACCAAAAAACCUUGGACCGCAAAUAAUUCAACUGUUGCUUCUAAUAUUACUAAAAGUAACGACACAAAUUUAGCAGAAAAGAAGUUAGAGAAAAAUUUUACUACACCAUUUGUCGGUAAUUGUUCUUCGUUAGGAAUGGGUAAAUGUAAUAUGACGGCUUCCGUGAUAAAUUCUACGGAUUCUACAAAUAAUCCAAAUCGAAGUAAAGGAAUAGUUGUUGCUGAAAUUGAAGUUGAAGAUACAAACCAAACAAUAAAGGUUAUUGUACCAAUUGAACGUGGCAAAAAUGGUAAAAAAUCCCAUAAUACCAAAGAAAAUGCAUUACAUCAAGAAUCAGAGGAGAAUAAGGCGGGUUUUGUUAAUGACCUCACAGAAAUAGAUGAAAAUUCUAUAACUAAUUCAACAAGAGCAGCAGAACUCAAGAAAAGAAAGAAAAUCUCGCAGAAAAAAGCUCCUACUAAAAGGAAGGUUAAUAAGAAAAAAAAUCCACCAAAACGAAAAGUUAAAAAAGAAAUAAAAGUCAAAAGAUCUAAGUCGCCUAACGCAGUUAACGAUACAUCUGCGCAUUAA